CUCGCGUUUCCCGGGAAGCUUCGUCCUCUUUCUCUCUCUCUAUAUCAUCUCUGUUCUCUAACUAUCUCUCAAUCUCUUGCUGUUGCUCUCACCCCUAGCAAUAUCCCAAUCACAACCUUCACGUUUUCAUAAUGAUCUAACAAAGUUUAUAAUUGCCUUUUAUUGCGUCUUACUUGUUCACUUUACUUGUCCCCCUUCUCCUUCUUUCUUUUUCAGAUGUAAGCAACGUUUCUCUCUGUUCUCACCUGCUUCAGAUUCCCUUUCUGUCUCUAUUUCUAGUUUUUUUUUCUUCUCUUAAUUCAUGUGCUUUGUGUUCUUUAUGGAAUCGAACUUCUCUGAAAUGGUCAACGGUUACGAGUAUUACGAUGUGAGUUUCUUACCAAACCAUGUUCCUGAUCUGGUGGGAUUCGGCGUUCCUUUGUCUAGCGAGUUUGAUCUCCGCUUGGAUCAUCAUCAUCAUCAGCAACCUUCUACUUGGGUUCCAGCUACACAACAAGAUCAAGAUCUUGAUCAUCUUCUUUAUCAUGAUCAAUACUCUCCUCCACCUACUGCUGAUGAGAUCGAUUCAGAAAACAACCUUUUGAAAUACGUAAACCAGCUCCUUAUGGAAGAAGAGACUCUCGCUGAGAGCCAGUCUAUGUCUUAUGAUUCAUUAAUGGCUCUAAGGAAAACCGAAGAGAUGUUGCAAAAAGUCAUCACCGAUUCAAAAGCUCAGUCUCCUUAUAUCACUCCUCCUGAUUCGAUUACUAGUAGUACUAGUAGCGGUAGUAGUACUGGUGAGUAUUUGAAUAGUAACCGGAUCGAGACAGAAGCUAUUUCUACUGAGAGAGAGGCUCUUGAUUCUAGGGUUAUGUUGUUUCAAGGACCAAACAUGUCGCGUGGAGAGCCAGCGAGUGAGAUUCUCGUCAGGAGUAUGUUUAGUGAUGCAGAUUCAGUUAACCAGUUCAAGAGAGGUGUAGAGGAAGCUAGCAAGUUUCUCCCCAACACCGAUCAAUGGAUCUUCAACCUAGACCAUGAAGUCGUCUCCGUGAAAGAUGAAAAGGGUUUGAGAGUUAGGAAGCAUCAUCGCGAGCGUGAAGAAGAAGAGGAAGCUAGAAGCUUUAAGCAGUCUGCAGUGAACGUGGACGAUGGUAUUAUAACAGAGAUGUUUGAUAAGGUUUUGCUUCUUGAUAACCAAAACGAACCACAGAUUAAAGAAGAAGAAGAAGAAGAAGCCGAUAACGUGUCAAGCAAGACAUCAUCUAACACCAAAGAAGGAGGACGUGGUAAGAAGAAGAGCAAAGCUGUUGAUUUCCGCACGCUUCUCACUCUAUGCGCACAAUCUAUCUCAUCAGGAGAUAAGCUCGCAGCCGAUGAAUUGCUAAAACAGAUAAAGAAGCAAUGCUCACCUCUGGGAGAUGCAUCACAAAGACUAGCUUACUUCUUCGCCAAGGCACUCGAGGCACGUCUACAAGGAAGCAGUGGAGGUAUGAUCCAGAGUUACUACGACUCUAUAACUUCAAAGAAACGAACAGCUGCGCAGAUUCUUAAAACAUACAAAACCUUCUUGUCUGCUUCUCCGUUCAUGACUUUGAUCUACUUCUUCUCCAACAAGAUGAUUCUUGACGCUUCCAGAGAUGUUCCAGUGCUUCAUAUAAUCGAUUUUGGGAUCCUUUACGGUUUCCAGUGGCCUAUGUUUAUACAGUACAUAUCCAAGAGAAAGGUCGGGCCGAGGAAGCUGAGGAUAACCGGUGUGGAGCUUCCUCAAAACGGGCAUCGUCCAACGGAGAAGAUAGAGGAUACAGGUCGGAGACUGAGAGAGUAUUGCAAACGGUUUGGUGUACCGUUUGAGUACAAUGCAAUAGCGUCAAAGAACUGGGAGACAAUCCGUAUAGAGGAGUUCAAGAUACGACCAAAUGAAGUUCUGGCUGUUAACUCAAUGUUACGGUUCAAGAACCUGCGAGAUGUGACUCCAGGAGAAGAGGAUUGUCCAAGGGACAGGUUCUUUAAACUGAUCAGAGACCUGAAACCUGAUGUUUUCCUCAGCUCGACUAUCAACGGGUCUUUCAACGCUCCGUUCUUCGCCACUCGGUUCAAAGAAGCUUUGUUUCAUUACUCGUCGCUCUUCGACAUGUUUGGUUCGACUCUGUCCAAGGAUAACCCGGAGAGGAUGCAUUUCGAAGGAGAGUUUUUCGGGAGAGAAGUGAUGAAUGUGAUUGCGUGUGAAGGAGUGGAUAGAGUGGAGAGACCUGAGACUUACAAGCAGUGGCAAGUGAGGAUGAUGAGGGCUGGGUUCAAGCAGAAGUAUGUGAAGCCAGAGCUUGUGGAGUUUUUUAGGGAAAAGAUGAAGAAGUGGGGUUACCAUAAAGACUUUGUGCUUGAUCAAGAUAGUAAUUGGUUCUUGCAAGGUUGGAAAGGUCGCAUCCUAUUCUCUUCUUCUUGUUGGGUCCCUUCUUAGCUUUGUGUCUUACAAUCAAAAUACUUUUCAUGUAAUAACAUUUUGUUUCUUUCUUUUACUUGGAUUUCUUUAACUUUGCUAUGUUACAUUCUAUGUAUUUAUGUUGAAAGCUAAAAGAGGUUAUUGACUAACCCUUUAGUACAGAGAUGGUGCCUUUCAAUGUUCAAGAAAUUGACUAGGAGCUUUAUAUAUGAUUAGCGAGCUCAUCUAGGUGUAAAUGAUAUAACUAGCAAGCUAAUUCUUUUGUCUAAGCAGUGAAACAUUCUCA